AUGAGUAGAAUCGCGAAGGCUACCUUUUCACUGGCGUGCCCAGCAGACACUCCAGCAGAAGAACUGGAGCGCUACAUCAGCGAAAAUCUGACCGCGCGUUGUUUUCAAAUCGCGCUGGAUACGUCAAGCCAAGAGGUGCGAGUGUUGGAGAAAGCCGGAGAUAUUGUGGGUUUCAGUUUGGUCGACUACAAACCAGAUCGAUUAAACAUCCUACUGGCGGAUGGCAUCCCUGAGUUGAAACGAUGCUAUGUCGAUUCAAAACACCAUGGAACCGGUGCCGCACAGCUCCUCUUAACUGAGACGCUUGCUGGUAUUUCAGAACGUAUCCGGCUCACGGUGAAUGAUCAGAAUGCCCGCGCAAUAGGCUUCUACCAGCGUAAUGGAUUUUUGACAGUAGGAGAAACCAGUUUUCAAUGCGGCGAUGAUGUCCACCGAGACUUGGUGAUGGUACGUGAACUG